CCUGCAGAUCGUGCCUUCGGGCUGACCGCUGACAGCCGCUUAUCGGGCUCGAACUGCGCUAUUGACAGGUACUUCUGAGGUGGUCCAAACACACUCCUAGCCCAUCCUUGACGUUGACAGUAAAUGCUCGGUUCAUGAUACUACUACUUGCACCAUCGAGUAUCAUGUCCUCGUAUUCCAUGCUGCUCCCUGCAAUUGUCUCACGCCGACUUUCCCCUGAAAUUAACAAGUACAGGCGUCCCAUCUCAACUUGAAACUGCCUCCAUUCAUCUCUUGUCCUUACAGAACCACCGCCUACGCGGACUCCUGCCACCAGUUUGCAAUGGGUGAAUCCUUGUCGGCGCUCCUGCUGUAGGCGUCGCCUUUGCGCCUGCUUGAAUGUCAUUAUUCCUGGGAUUGCAAAGCAAGGCCCAUCUUACAAACAGAGCACUUAUCGGCUAUGAGACGUGAAAUGAGCGGAAAGUCGCUCAGGGAUGUUCCGGACAGCUGCAUUGGCCUGACAUCCAUGUUACUCCUGAUCAGGAGAUUAUCUGCGCACAGAAAUAGGGACGCGCAUGAAGCCUACAGGAUGUCCCAUUUCAGUCACACAGGACGACACAAAGACCCGAACUACUGGGCUCCGCAUCCACAACACGCUCUUCAUGGUUAUCGAUCUGGCCGUAAUUUGCGGUUUCACUCUGGCAAUGUGUUUCUGCUUGCCAGACUGUCCCGUAAGCACAUGGACAGUACUAUAGUGACAUUUACAGCCAUUUCAAUUAUGGUUCAAUGGCCGAUGCCCAGGCUUGACUAGGACCGGCACCCUUCUGGGCCAUUAUUGGUGAAGUCGAUUGUUUCGACAGAGCCUUCAACAUCUCCAGCUCGCCAUAGCGCCAGCAAGAUUCCGCUUAUGCCAAUUCCAAUGCCUUCAAGGCAGGAAGUCAAUUGUCCUUACUAACAAAAGAUCUGUGGCCCAUGUCAGGAUCAACCUUUGUGUAAGCCCGUUGCCGACGGAAGCACAGCCCGCUUGUGCAACGGAACUGAACAAGUCGUACUCGGAUCACCGUCGCAAGUGCGCGAGCCAGACCCGGGGCGACCGCUACUCCUUAGCCUCGUCAAACUUGGAGCUAACCCAGACGCGCUUCAGUGAGAUUUCCCAGGCCUGACCGUGAGUCCUUGGAUCAGUAGCUGGAAUUUGAAGAUGAGGUUGAUUCGUAUCAAACCCGGAAUCUCGAGUCGAGACACGUUAUCUUUCCUCAUAAGGUCGUCCAGGUGAGUUUUGGCAAUGUGGACUUGUCGCAUCUGCCAAAGGCAUUGAGUACGAGCAUCUCAUCAACCUUGAAAGGGUUACCAAGCUGAAUUCCCUGGCAACCCCGUGGUCAUUACCCGCCCGUCGCCUUAUAACCGUGAGGAGGUGGACGGAGAGUCCUUCAAGUAUUCCGGCGGAUCAGCUUAGCGGCCAAGAACCAGCAGGGUCCUUGUGACACAAUGGAUACCUGGCGAAUCUCAGUCGCACCUUGCAGUUGCCUGUUGAAGCUUCAGUGCAGAUGGGAUAUCUUCAGUCGUUUCAUCGCAGAGGAGCUCGAAAAGUCGUGCGACCUGCCGGCCAUGGAUGAGUCGGAGCUUGUUGAUCAGUUCCGCAGGAGGUCGUUGCCGCAUCAGGCCCUGCAUCAGGCUUUGCUGCCUUGGCUUGAAUAUGUCCUCUCAUACUGCUACUGCUAUAGCUUGGAGUCGUCCAUUUGGCAGAAGUUCUCAUGUUUCCAGGGAAAUGAAAGGGUCUGGACAAUGGAUGAAAUGAAUGCCAUGGUUCGGAACGACACGCGUCAAUCUCUUUGAGUCACUGUCGACUCUUUCUCCUGUAUUUUGGUCCCGUUCGAGUCCUCAGCACUCAUUACGCCGAUGUUAUUGUCCGGGAAGGUAAGGUAUAUGCCACGCAUGAGAUGACACAAGGAAGCUCCGGUUGCUGUGAUAGAUUGCUCCUUAAAAGGCGGGAUGCUAGUGAUAAACAUACUAUGUACAAGCUGAGCCUGAGUGUGACGCGACUCGGACAACCUCGCAGCCUCGUCAGCCUGAUUUGAGUGGGCCCUGGCUGCAUACUAUACCCAAUAGAAC